AUGGAAUACGAAGUGGAUCCCGAAAUUGUUAAGGCAGAAAUAGCGAAAAAUCUACCCAAAUAUUUCUUUGAAGAUAAGGCAAAACAAAAACCUGGGCCAGUUGACAAGGACAAAGUGUUAGAGCCAUACGUCAGACCUGCUGCCAUAGAUAUGUAUAAAAUGGAUCUGGAAACUGAGGUUGGGUUUGAAGACCUGCGAAGUAGAGUGGAUCUUGACACCUUCGUGGUAGAAGGGUUGAGCGUUACAGUGAAUGCACCAGAUGAGUCAAUCGAAUUGCAAGAAGUCGUUGGAGUCUCCAAGCGAGGUCACAAGUUGUCAGGUCUAAAGAACAUCAGCCAUUAA